AUGGAUAGAUCAAAGGUAUUUAAUAAAGGGAUAUAUGAAUUUACAAAUAAGAUUGAAGAAUAUAAUUUAGAAUCAGAAAAUGAAAUAGUUAAAUGUGAAAUGGCAUUAAUAAGAAAAGAAUUAAAAGAAAAAAAAAUAAAAAGAAAGAAGAGAAGAUUAAAUGCAAUAAAAAUGAUUUAUAUUAAUAUAUUAGGAUAUGAAGUCGAUGUUGGGUUUAUAGAAAUUAUUGAAUUAUUAAGUAGUAACAAAUUUCUUGAUAAACAAAUUGGAUAUUUAGCUUUUCAAAUGUUAUAUUCUAAUGUACUAGAAUCAACUAGAAUGAUUAUUAAUACUCUUCAACAUGACUUAGAUAAUUCUAAUGAAUGUAUUGUUUCAAAUGCAUUAACAGUUAUUAGUUCAUUAGCAAAUAUUGAAAUAAUCGAUUCACUUGCACCAACUAUUAUUAAACUUUGUAUUGGAUUUAAUGAAGAUUCAAUAAAAAAACGUGCGAUACUUACAUUAAGUAAAUUAUAUAAAAUACAACCAAAUAUAAUAAUAAUAAAUCCAAAUUUUAUGAAAAUAAUAGAAAACCAAAUAAAUUAUGAAAUGGAUUUAGGAUUAAUUAAUAGCAUUGUUUUAUUAUUAUCUGAAAUUAUUAAAAAAAAUCCAAUUAUUGUUCAACCAUUUGGAAAUAAAUUGGUAAACAUUUUAUAUAAUUUAAUUCAUCAAAAAAUAAAUAAAGAAAUAGAAUAUCAUGAAAUAGUUUCUCCGUGGUUACAAAUUUCAUUAUUUAAAUUAUUAUCAAAAAUAAAAUUAGAUUCUACAACAAAUUUUAUGUUUUGGGAACUUAUUAAAUUUACAUUGAAAUAUUAUGAAAAUUUAAAAGAAAAAUUACAUUCACAAAUACAUAAAAAAUAUAUUUUAAUGGCUUUAUUAUUUGAAAUAGCUUCUAUUAUUAUUAAAAAUGAACAAGAACAAUAUUUUAAUUAUCUUCUUCCUUUAUUAAUUAAAUUAAUAAAAGAAAAAGAUAUUAAUAUUCAAUGUCUUACGUUAGAUAUUUUUAUUCUUCUUGGAGAAAAUCAUUAUAAAUAUGUUUGUCAAAAAUAUCUUAUUGAUAUUAUUAAAUGUUUAGAAUCUUCAGAUAUUACAAUAAAAAGAAGAACUAUAGAAGUACUUUAUUCAUUAUGCACUAAAAAUAAUAUUAGAAAUAUUGUUCAACACUUUCUUCUUUUACUUAAAAAGAGUGAAAAUGAAUUAAAAGAAGAACUUGUUAUAAAAAUUUCAUUAUUAGCUGAAUUAGAUAAUAAACAAGAUGAUUGGUAUAUUGAUACAAUACUUACUACUCUUUGUCUUGGUUCAGAAUUUAUAAGACUAGAAAUAUCUGAUCAAAUUAUUCAUUCAAUUAAAAAUAAUUCACAUUCUGCUAUUCAAAAAAUUAUUCAAAUUCUUUUAAAUGGAUUUGGAAAUGAAUUAUUUUUACAAAUAAGUUGUAUUAUAAUCGGUGAAUUUCCUGAAUCAUUAAAACAUUUUGAGAAUAAAGUAGCAUUAUACUUAAUUAAUCAAUUACCGUUUGUAAAUACAAUGACUAAAAGAUUAAUAUUAACUUGUUUAAUAAAAUUAGCAAAAGAAUUUGAUAGUAUUAAACCAAUAUGUUACAAGGCAUGUCAAAUGAUGUUAUCAAAUAUAGACGUUGAAGUUCAACAAAGAGCUUAUGAAUAUAUUAAUAUUAUAAAGAAUAGUAAUUAUGAUAUUGCUAUUACUCAUUUACCUGAAAAAACUUCUUAUGAACAAAAUAAUAAUAAAAAUGAAAGUUAUGACACAAAGAAAGAUGAUGACCAAUUCUUAAAUCAAAACAUAUCCCAACAAAUACACUCUUAUAGGAAUGUUAAUACUAAGUCAAUUAAUAUUACUUCUUCUAAUCAAAGAAACUAUAAAGGGUCUAUUUUCUUUCAUUCUAGUAGUACAUUAGAGUUAGAAAAGAAAGUUAAAUAUAUUCAUAAAAAACUUCUCACACAAAAUGAAGGAAUUAUAUUUCAAGAUAAUUAUAUUCAAAUAGGAAUUAGAAUUAAUUGUUCAUCAACAGUAGAAACAGCUCUUUAUUUUGGAAAUAUUAAAGAUCAAAUACUUCCCGUUCAAGUAAAUAUUCAAACAGAAAAUGGACUUACGUAUAUUAUACAAAAUAAUUCAUUCAUACUUCAACCAAAAAAACAACAACAAAUUCUUUGUAAAUUUGAAGCAAGACAAAUCUUUCUUCAAGCACCUAUACUUCAAUUUUCAUAUCUUUCUAAUAACAAAUUAAAUGAAUGCUCAUUAUCCUUACCUAUCACAUUACUUAGAUUUGCUCAACCUUUAAAAUUUCCAAAACAAAUAGAUUUUCUUAAAAAUUGCUUUUUUAAAAUAACAGUACAAACUUCAUUAAAACUUCUUGAACUUCAAAAAAUAUUAAGGUUAUUAAAUUUUGAACCUCUACCUUCUUCCUCUCAACUAAUAUAUACAACAAUGAUAAUAAAUAUUCCUAUUAUUGUUUUGAUUAAUACAUCUAAUAGUUUGUCAAAAAUGGAAAUAUCUUCAAGUCAAAUGUCUAUGUCUCAAAUAAUAAUGGGUUUAUUAUCAUAUCUUCUGUCAAAUAAUUAUUAA